AUGUCACUUACCAGCAGAGAACUAAACUAUCUAAUAUGGCGAUAUUUUCAAGAAGCAGGCUACGAUUUGUCUGCCUUCACAUUUGAUCGACAGUCACAAUGCCUGAAAUAUGAACAUGCCGAAAAUGAAAAGAUAAUUGAAAAGAUAGAGCCGGGAUGUCUAGUGGAUUUGGUCCAGAAGGGCAUUCUAUAUACUAUUGCAGACUCAGAUUCCAAGGGUGAUAGUGACUAUAGUUUAUUGGGAGCACUAGUACAACAAGAAAUUACCAACUUGAGUGACACUAACUUCAGCAAGGCAAAGUGUCAAAAGAGAUUCCAGCUAAAGACAGAAGCUGAAAAUGGUAAACAAGAGGAUGAUAUGGAGCUUGACAAUAGCACGGAAAGUAUCAAGUUUGAAACGAAGGAAACUUCACCAGAGCUGAAUUUCCCAUCUAGUUUAACAUGUGAUUGGCAUCCUACAAGUGAGGUUCUUGCUUAUGGUAAACCUAAUGGUAGUGCCAUAAUCAAUGCAAUAAUUGAUGGAAAAUUUGUCGAGUCAGUAGAAAUAAGCCAUCCUGAUUUGCUAAACGUCAAAAAUGAAAUAAACAUUGUAUCAUGGUCUCCAUUGGGCAAUUUACUCCUCACGACUGGUGCAUUUAGUGAAAUUCGAGCUUGGUCCCCUGAUGGAAGGCUUAAAAAUAUCGCAAACACUGUUUUUGAGGAUAUCAAUGCAGAAAGUGAGAUUAAGCAAUCGCUUAUCACUAGUGUGUUAUGGAACAAGCUGGGUAAAUUUGUAAUUACUAUUGACAGUGUAAAUCGUACGACACUUUGGGAUGGGGUAACUUUAUCCCUAGUACGACAAAUUCAAACUGAAGAACAGACCGAUACAGCUAUACAAACUGCCUGUUGGUUGGGUGAGGAUAAAUUUGCCCUCACAACAGCAACGCAAGGGAUAAAAAUUUACGACAUUACACAGCCUCACCUCGGUGUCAAUAGCUUUGAAGUUCAAUCCAUUGGUAAUUUGCCUGGGCAUCAAAAUCACAUUUCAUUGAUAAAGCUUAAUGAUUUUUCUAAGCUUUUGGCUACAUGUUCUGAUUUUGACUAUGAGAUCAAGGUGUGGAGCAGUUCUUCCACCCAUACAUCCUUAGACUUGAACGUGAAGUCUGAAAAGAAUCAAGGCUUGAAACUACAUGCCUCGCCAAUAAUUGGAUUACAUUGGAUACCUAGUACUGAAAAGAGCAUAUUAAUAUCUCUCUCAAUGGAAGGUAAUUUCAAUAUCUGGGAUGCUGAAUCAGGCGAUAAUAUCAAGAGUUCUGAAUUGUUUAAAAAUGCUGAAAACUUCUCUUCAGAGUUACGCCACCACGUUUCGAAGGAAGUUUUGCUAUUCAAUAGCGUCUUGUCGCCAAAUGGGAAACUAUUAGCCAUAGGUGAUGAUUAUGGAAAGAUAUCAGUUUGGGAUGUCAACAUUGAUGGGUAUACAAGCGAAGACAAGAGCUUUGUAAAAUGUGUCACUUUAUACACGCCAGAGAUACCGCAAGUUGAAGGAAAAGAAGCUACUAUUGGAUUAUGUGAUCUACACUGGGACCAUGAGUCGAAAAAGUUAGCUGCGUCAUAUAUUGGAAUAGAAAGUGUAAUAAUUAGUGUUGUAUGA